AUGAGCAAAGAGCCACAGCCAAUAGCGAAAGGAAGUACUGACUUCGAUGCUUUACGGCAUCGUUCACGCCAAGAGUACCUCGCCAAAAGGUCGCAGCAACAAGUUGAGCUUUUGCGCCAGGAAAUCCGCGAUGAAGAGACACUGUUUCGUGGCGUGCGCAUGACAAAGCGUGAGGAGCGGGAACUUGAGCACAAACGUGAACUCCUACGUAUUGCUGAGGAAUUCGCCGACCUGGACGAUGGUGAUGGCGGCUAUGUCUUACCCGAAGACUACCUGACUGAACAGGGGCGUCUCGAUCGCAAGAGAAAGGAGUCUGCACUGCAUGAGCGUCGCUACGAUGAUGCAUGGAAUGAACGUGCAUCCCGAAAGAAACAGGUCUCUGAUGGUGACUUAUUUGAAAAGGAACAAAUAGCUCGGUCCAAACUGCUUGAGUCGCCCCAACCUGCACAUGCCGAGGGAGCAGAUGCGUUUGACUUUGUGUUUGACGAGUCACAGGCAAUCCAGUUCAUCAUGGACCGACAAGCAGACGGCCAGCUCAAUACUAUGUCAGACAAGGAAUUAGCGCUGCAGCAGCAGCUUCAAGAAGCAGAAACUCGCGCACAGACUGUGGAAGCGACUCGCAAGUCUCUGCCUGUCUAUGGCUUGCGCGAGGAACUGCUCGAUGCCAUUGACAAAAACCAGGUGCUUAUUGUCGUCGGUGAAACGGGUUCAGGAAAGACGACGCAGCUGCCACAGUUCUUGCAUGAGGCUGGCUAUACGAAAGAGGGACAAAUCGUCGCAUGCACUCAGCCAAGACGCGUAGCUGCCAUGAGUGUGGCGGCGCGAGUGGCUGAAGAGAUGGGCGUGCGCCUGGGGCACGAGUGCGGCUAUAGCAUCCGAUUCGAAGACUGUACGAGUGACAAGACGGUUGUCAAAUACAUGACAGACGGCAUGCUUCUCCGUGAGUUUCUUACAAAUCCAGAUCUCGGCUCGUACUCUGCCAUCAUGAUUGAUGAGGCGCACGAACGAACCCUCAGCACGGACAUUCUCUUUGGCCUUGUGAAAGACAUUGCGCGCUUCCGCUCAGACUUGAAGCUGAUCAUCUCUAGUGCGACACUUGAUGCCGACAAGUUUAGUGAGUUUUUUGAUGAUGCACCGAUCUUUUUUGUGCCGGGCCGCCGCUUUCCUGUUGAUAUCCACUACACACCCCAGCCUGAGGCCAAUUACUUGCAUGCAGCGAUCACGACCGUUUUCCAAAUUCACACAACUCAGCCGACCGGCGAUAUUCUUGUGUUUUUGACAGGGCAAGAUGAGAUCGAUGCAGCGAUGGAAAGCAUCCAACAGACAGCGCGUGCCUUGGGCGGGAGUGUUGCUGAGCUGAUAGUCUGCCCGAUCUAUGCCAACCUGCCAAGCGACAUGCAGGCAAAAAUCUUUGAACCGACGCCGCCUGGUGCGAGAAAAGUGGUGCUUGCUACCAACAUUGCUGAAACAAGUAUCACCAUCGACGGUAUCUCGUUCGUGAUUGAUCCCGGCUUCGUGAAGCAGAACUCGUACAAUCCACGCACGGGCAUGGCAGCUUUGGCGGUGGUACCAUGCUCGCGAGCUUCUGCGAACCAGCGCGCUGGUCGUGCCGGCCGUGUGGGGCCCGGAAAGUGUUUCCGGCUGUUCACAAAGUGGGCGUUUCAGAAUGAAAUGGACGAAAAUACGGUACCAGAGAUCCAAAGGACGAAUCUCGCGAAUGUUGUUCUUCUGCUCAAGUCCGUCGGCAUUCAUGAUUUGCUAAACUUCGACUUCCUUGACCCGCCACCGACCGAUACGCUCAUCCGUUCGUUAGAGCUGCUGUACGCACUCGGUGCGCUCAACGAUCGUGGAGAGCUUACGAAGCUCGGUCGCCGCAUGGCGGAGUUUCCCGUGGACCCCAUGAUGAGCAAAGCCAUCUUGGCGAGUGAGGAGUAUCAUUGCACAGAGGAAGUGCUCUCUAUCGUCGCGAUGCUGGCAGAGAGUGCGAGUUUGUUCUUCCGGCCCAAGGACAAAAAGGUGCAUGCAGAUCGUGCUCGUCAGUUGUUCAUACGUCCUGGUGGCGAUCAUUUCACGCUGCUGAACAUCUGGGAUCAGUGGGUGGAGAGCGGAUACAGCCAAGUAUUUUGCCUGGACCACUUUUUACAGCCGAAGACGCUCGGUCGUGUUCGCGACGUGCGUGAUCAGCUCGUUAACCUGUGCGAACGAGUGGAACUUGUGCCUGAAUCGCGCCUGAGCAGUGCUGAUCUGACCCCGAUCCAAAAGGCCAUCACAGCCGGCUAUUUCAUGAACACGGCCCGAUUGCAAAAGGGUGGCGAGACGUACCGGAGCAUCAAGCAGAACACGACCGUGUAUGUGCAUCCAUCGUCCUGCUUGUAUAAGCACGUGCCACAACCCCGGUUCCUGUGCUAUUAUGAGCUUGUUGAAACAUCAAAGAACUUUUUGCGACAGGUGAUGGAGAUUCAGCCAGAGUGGCUUUUGGAGGUAGCCCGGCACUACUUCUCCCGUGAUGAUCUCCACGAUGACACCAAACAGAAGCGGAUGCUUCGUGGUGCUGGAGCAGCGCCAUCCACCGCACGGUCGGGCACUGCGUAUGCAUGA